AUGAGGGCUAAGAGAAGCUUCCCCAGUCCCUAUGAAGCUUCGCCUGCUGGAGCCCUCUCCUUCAACGACUCACGGAAUCCCAGGCCCCCAGCUGGCAUGCUGCUGCUCCUGCUCUGGGUAUGUGGAUGGGCAUGUGGAAACGACUUUCUUCUCCCUGCAGAGUCCAUGUUUACAGACGAGGAAUACAAGUUGGAACUGGAGUCCAGCCUCGUGACAGUGCAGGAGGGUCUGUGUGUCUUCGUGCCCUGCACAUUCUUUAAUCACUUCAGGGUCUCAAAUUUAGAUACCACCGUCUUCGGCUACUGGUUCCCUGGAGGGGCGAAUACAGACCUUGAUUUCCCAGUGGCUACAAACAACCCAAAUAAAAAAGUGCAGGGGACUCAGAGCCAAUUCCAUCUCUUUGGGGACCCGAGGAUCUACGACUGCUCACUGCAUGUCAGAGAUGCACAGAGGAGCGACAGCGGUUAUUACUUCUUCAGAAUGGAAACUGAUACCUUUAAGUGGAAUUUCCAUGAGAAUCCAUUCUUUCUGAAUGUGACGGCCCUCAGUCACACCCCCAACAUCGACAUCCCACAGAGGCUGGAGCUUGGCCAUCCCAGCAAAGUGACAUGCUCUGUGCCCUGGGCCUGUAAGGAGGGAACACCUCCCAUGUUCUCCUGGACGUCAACUGCCCCCAUAUCCCUGGGCCCCAGGACCACCUUUUCCUCAGUGCUGACCCUCACACCCAGGCUCCAGGACCAUGGCACCAACCUUAUCUGUCAAGUGACCUUCCCUGGGGCUGGUGUAAUUGUUCAAAAGACUGUCCAGAUCAACGUCACCUAUACUACGCUGAACACCACAACCCACGACUCUAAAGGAGCUGACCCAGGGAAAUCAGGGCCCCUGUCAGAGGUGGUGGUAGUGGCAAUAGGAGAGGCAGCUAUCAAAUUCCUGCUCCUUGGGAUCUGCUACCUCUUCCUCGGCAUGAAAUCCCAAAGGAGGAGAGUGGAGAGGCCAUCCGCACAGGUGGAUUAUGAGGACACUGUCAUGGCUUAG